AUGGAGAAACAGCCCACCAUUGAGCUGAAAGAGCGCGUGGAUCAUCAAGACGAUGAUCGAGAUCUGGAGGCAAAACAAGACCAGGACAUUCUGCGCGCCAACGAUUCGGAACACUUGCUCGGAUUUCGUGCAGCUGUGCAACGAUACCCCGGCGCUGUGUUUUGGUCCUUCAUCAUGUCCAUGUCGGUCAUCAUGAUCGGCUAUGACACGAGUCUGAUCGCCAAUUUCUUCGCCUACCCCUCCUUCAAGAGGAAAUAUGGCCAGUGGUAUCCCGAGGACAACGACUAUGAGAUCACUGGUCCGUGGAUGAUUGGCCUCAGCAACGCCAUCUCGGCAGGUGAAAUUAUCGGUCUCAUCAUCAACGGAUUCGUCUUGGAGCGCUUUGGGCAUCGCCGGGUGAUGAUAGUCUCUUUGGCGGUACUUUCUGGCUGCAUUGCUGUCAUGGUGUUUGCUCCGACCAUUGCGAUCCUGUGCGUAGGCCAGGUCCUGAUGGGUAUUCCAUGGGGCAUCUUCACCGUCAUGGGUGGCGCAUACUCGUCGGAGGUGUGCCCACUGGCCCUGCGCGGGUACCUGACAUCGUACAACGCUCUUUGCUGGGCUUUGGGCCAGCUGAUUGGUGCUGGUGUCCUGGUCGGACUGGUGGACAUGCCUUCGAACUGGUCCUUUAAAAUAACCCUUGCGCCUCAAUGGAUUUGGCCGAUCCCUUUGGCUAUUCUUGCCUACCUGGCUCCCGAGUCGCCUUGGUGGUUGGUCCGCAAAGGCUACGUCACGAAAGCCCAGCGAUCGCUGGAAAGAUUGUCACGCGUCGAGCCGGAACUGAUCCAGAGCCAAAUCGCUAUGAUCAAGCACACAGAUGAGUAUGAGAAGGCCAUUCAGUCCAAGUCAGGCUACUUGGAAUGCUUCAAAGGAUCGAAUCUCCGCCGGACCGAGAUCGCCUGUGUCACCAUGAUUGCGCAAGGCUGCGCCGGACUGAGCCCUCAAAAUACGUACAAGAUGAACCUGGGGUCGACUGGCAUCUCAUGUAUCGGGUGUGUGACGACAUGGUUCUUGAUGCGACGCUUCGGACGAAGAACGCUCUUGCUCUCAGGCUUGUCUGGCUUGUCCUUCUGCCUCUUGACGAUCGGCGUGCUAGCAUGCUUCCAUGGUACAGACUUCCUCUGGGCCCAGGCCGGACUUUGUCUAGUCUGGAUUGCCAUCUACGCCUUGACUGUAGGACCGCAGGUGUACACCGUCGUAUCCGAAGUGUCGGCGACUCGGUUGCGUGCCCAAACCAUGUCACUCGCCAGAAACGCCUACACCAUUAUGAAUGUCGUCAACAAAGUUAUUGAGCCGCGACUGAUCAAUCCGACUUGGGGUAAUCUUAAAGGCAAGACAGCCUUCUUCUGGCUCGGUACCAAUACCGUCAUCUUGGUAUGGGCUAUCUUCCGCCUUCCGGAGCUCAAAGGAAAGACGUACCAGGAGCUGGACGUUCUUUUCGAGGAGAGGGUGCCAGCCUGGAGGUUUGCCAAAACAGAAGUUGAUGUUACCACCAACACCAUCACGGAGAGCUGA